AUGAAUAGGCCACCUUCUGUAUCCAAACAGGAACCCCAGCAGAGUGAUAGAGACACCAAUGCACCUACACAAACUUUCAACCCAGAAUUUGUCCUGUUUACAACUUUUGGCCAUGAUACAAAAGAAUGUAUCCAAAGAAAAGGUUUCUGUCACUACUUUGAAAGUCCAUGGUUGUAUAUUUUUGUUGGCUCCUGUUAUAAAGGAAAAGGCAAGUGUUGUCAAAAAUGCUAUUAA